ACUUGUGCUACCGUCCAUGGUAUCCCUCACGUUCGCGGAUUAGUGAAUCAGGCAAACAGUGUCCUUGUUUUGCGAAGAGCACUCCGGUGGCAGGUGGUUGGAUACAUAGCCAAAUCCCAGCUCCGGGGCUGUAACAUAUUUUCGUGGUUCGAUCUAUUUAAUGAUGCACUGAUAUGGUCCAACACAUCGUAAUUGUUAGCCUGAAUAAAGUCUGGGAGGGGGAAUAAGUUGCAAAUAUAAAAGGAAGUUGGAAUAGAGUGAAAGUGCAAGUGGUGUCACGUAUGUUCCGUCGCCGGGUGACUGGGUGACCCAACGAUUGCUGAACUCUAUUUGCUUACAUUCAUGAUAUAUUUGUGUGCAAUUGUUGCCUAGUGGAUCAGUUGGCCCCUGGCACCAUCCAAGAAUAAUUGCAACCAUCAAUUGUGGCAAUUAAAUCCUCUAUCGCUCAAAUCGCGAGUGUCCAGUGCAAUGUGUUAUGUUUACGGGAGUGUCGGGCGCAAAAAAGGCGCGGUAUGAGGUCCUUUCCAUAAAUGGUGUUGAGAUGGGCAUUCAGCCAUAGCCAGGGUAUGAGGCCCCCUUAAUAUUAGAGUGCAAUCAGUGAUAGUGAUAUUUGAUGAAAAUUUCAAUAAUGCACUUGAAUUCAGUUAUAACACGUUGAAUGGAAAUAUUCAAAAAGAGGAUUACUAGAAUGGUUGGUUUUGAUCGCUGAAUUGCUUCAGGGAGCUCAAGGAUUAAAUUUCCCCGUUCCAAAUGAGUGAGAGAAUGGAAACGAAAUUCGAUUCGCGACAAGGACAAUUCCCCGCAACUUUUCCGGAUACAUUCAAGGAUUUCUUUUCGAUGAUGAGUGAGGAUGAAGACCAUUUAGAUUUGUUCACAAAUCUCCUGGAAGACAAGGUGAUUCCCCGAGCUACGAAGCACAAUCAACGCCGCUGUGGAGGCAGCCUACGAUGUAACACCAACUCAAGUACAAUCACAAACUUCGGUCGUUCAAAUUCAUUUCGCGUCCACCGGCCUAUAACGAAUUUCUGUAAACACACCAAAUACUGCUGCCUCCACCAACGACAGCAGUACCCCCACAAUGUGAUUGACUUUGGAUACGAUAGUGCAGCCAGUGGUGAAAAUGACCACAUGGAAGUGACAAAGGUGAAGACCUCCCGUGCGCCGCUUUUAGAUAGGACAUUCGAAUGUGAGAGUUGCGAGGAAAGCGAUACGAUAAGCACGUCUUCAUCCGCCGCCACCAUUCCGUACAAUGCUAUCGGACGGCAAAAGCAUCAGCAGCAGCAACAACAACAGCAUCUUCAGUUGCAACAGAACAAGGCAUUUCACUCGAAGGAGAGCCUUUUGCCCCCGAGUCGCAUCCUGCAGUCGCAAUGUGGGUUAAGAGAGAACCUAAGUGGCUCCGGUGGCAAUACCAGCGGCAGUGCCGGCGUCGGUAGCGGUGGACCAGCCUCGUCGGCAGCAAUUGUAAGUGAGGACACCACUCCCUCCACCCCCUCUUCUUGUGCUUCUUCCUGUUCCCGCACAGUCAGUGGUAGCGAAAGCGUUGUUGUUAAUGCCGUAGACCGACCCACUGUUACAUUAUGCACUGACAUAAGUGAAUCCUCGUCAUCAAUGUCGUCCACACCAGCCACUAUAGCAAAAUGUUUCAGUGCCAAAUUGAACUGUUGUUCGCGGGCGUCCAAUAUCCGAAAUCAAAAAUCGCCUGUGAUGAAUCGAAGAAGGUCGUCAUCAAUAACGGCCGCCCUAAUGGCUACAGACAAUAAGAUUUUCCGGAAUGCGGAGGAUCCCCCGACUUGGACGCAUGGUAUCCCACACAGCAGUACAAGAGAACGAUUAUGUCUAGCAAAAUCCCCAGUGACUGGUGGUUCGUUUAAAAGCAAACCUCAUCUGAACGAGAGCGGAGGAGUCCUGACACUGAAGCAAGCCAUGUCUGGAGCAGUUUCACCCCAGUACACCCCAACAAAUUCGGCCUCCAUGUUAUUAGGUUUCACUGGAUCGGGAGGAAUCUCACCAGGGAUUUCUGCUACGGCAACCACCCCCGGUGAACCUGUAACGCCAACUACAUCCUCCGCAAAGGGUGACGGUUUUGUUAGUGCGGUUAGUGGAGCAACUACAGCAGCCGCUACAGCUGUGAGCAAACAAAAACAACGGAUGCGAACUUCGAGUAUGCCUGCGGAGAGUAGAAAGCCCCGUUUGGCAGACACGCGAAGGGCCGCCAUCCACUGCGCCGACAUGGAUAUCGAGUACUACAGACUCCGCAGCUUCAGCAUAACAUCGCAUGGAAUAUGUAAUUUGGGCGAUUCCUUGAGGAGUCGACGGUCCCGUUCAAUAAAUUCGGUAACUUCAACAGGUACUUCCACCAGUGGGAGGGACAGGAACAAUAGCAAUGCGUCCCGAACAUCAGUGGAUGUAACGAUGGACAAUGAAGUCACGGAAGUGCGAGGAAAUACCAAUGCGUCUGAGGAAGUCGGCCGACAGGACAGCGCUAUUCCGGCUUACAAAAUUGCCAUGCUCGGAGCGUCGGGAGUUGGGAAAACUGCACUCACAUAUCAAUUCACCACAUCAGAUUAUAUUUGCGCGUAUGAUUUAAGUUUAGAUGAUGACUACGGCCAAAAGACGGUGUCCGUUUUGGUGGACGGUUCCGAGACAGAUCUCGAGAUAAUUGAUCAUCCGGCCUGUGAAAUGUCGACAGAAGCGUUCUGCUCAACAUACAAUAUUGAUCUCUUCGUAGUUGUAUACUCCGUGGUAGAUAGGAAUUCAUUCAAAGCCGCCGAAAAAAUCCUACAAUAUCUAAAGGACAACGAAAUGUUGCUAACACGCGGCGCAAUCAUGGUGGGGAACAAAACAGACCUGGAGCGACAUAGAGAAGUGCCUAGACAGACUGGUCGACGAGUAGCGAAGGAAAUAAGGUGCAAGUUUAUCGAGACUUCUAGUGGAUUAGAUCACAACGUAGACGAGCUUCUUGUUGGAAUAGUAGCACAAGUGAAACUUAACCCCCAAAGGAUUCACAACCUAACAGAACGAGAGAAACAACGUUUGGCCAUUACAGCGACGAUACAGAAGCAUCGCAGGAUUGACCAGCCAACAAGGAAGAUAGUCAAGCAGAAGAGCAUAGGGAAAGGUUUCGAAAACUCCAAGUCACCACAGACAGAUAAACAGCCAUCCAGCAAGCCUAUCAAGCGUAUACUGAAUCUAGAGAAUAUCCUUAAAGUUAACGAAAGUGAUAUAGACGAUGAGGACGAUGAUGGAUAUCGUCCGCAGCAAACAUUUCGCAGGGAUUUAUCCAGGAUAGAUAGUACGGACGUAGCAAGUAGGUCAUCAUCACCAAAAUCGCGUAGCUCUUAUGAUGCCCUGAGUCAAAGUCAGAUGACUCUUGGGGACGAGACUGUACCCGGUAAGGAGGCACCACGUACCACAGGGUCUAAAUUAUCAAACAGAACAAAAAUAUUUCUAACUUCGGUUUUAAAGUUUAAGAAAAACUUGAAUGUUAAACGACGGAGCUCCAGUAAUUGUAGUGAUUUAUUUGUGAUUUAAAUUAUUUUACAUGGACAGGGUGCAUAGGGUUAAAAUGUAGAUAAAAUGCCGUAGGAUUUUUAUGCCUCUCUAACAAGAAACCAAUAGUCGGUAAGUAAUUUCAAUCAAUUUAGCGAAUUUCUGUAAUCCAAAUUCACUUCUCAAAGCAAGGAAGGGCUGCGAGCUCCGAAUUCUAAUCGAAUUCGGUAAUUCAAAUGUUUUUAAUUGCGAGGCUUAGAGGAGUGAAUAGAUUUUAUUAUUUCUCGAAUGAUUUCCAUUACAUGACUUUGAUUCUUUAAAAUAUUUAUCGACAAUAAACCCUGUAGUUCUAUGUGAAUUCAAAUUUAGUAUGUUUUUCGACAAAUUUAAAAGUUGUGGUUCUUAUAGUGGCUUCUCUUCCUUCUUUAUCAAUCGGAGAAAACGAAAAAGUAUCUUUAUUAUUAGAAGGAACA